GCGAGGUCGCACUGCAGAGAUUGUUGACGUGUGCUGCUGCGUGUCAUUUCAUUUUUCACCCCCGCAAACCGGCGAUUUAGCAUCGGGAAGUACCUAGCUUAGCUCAAAACAGCAUUGGAUUAGACACCACACAAUGGCGGAAGAAGUGAUCGGAACUGUGAAAGAGGUAAUCAAGGGCAUCAUUGAUAAUGUGAAUGCACCUAAAAACGAGUCGGCGCCUGGGGAGAAGAAGCCCUCGACUCCGGAGGGCAUGGCAGUGGCCUACAGCAGCCUUGUGGUAAUGGCCAUGCUGCCGAUUAUAUUUGGCUCCAUCCGUUCCGUGAAGCUGCAUAAGCUGAAAAAGUCCACGGGCGAGAAGGCCGAUACGAUGACCAAGAAGGAUGCCAUGUACUUCCCGCUGAUCGCCUCGGCGGCUCUCUUCGGUCUGUACCUGUUUUUCAAGAUAUUCCAAAAGGUACACAUCAACUACCUGCUCACGGGAUAUUUCUUCGUGCUCGGUGUGAUUGCAUUGGCCCACCUGCUCAGUCCGGUGAUCAACUCUCUGAUGCCGGCCGCUGUGCCCAAGGUGCCAUUCCAUAUCCUUUUCACUAAGGGCGAGGGAAAGCACAAGGAGGACAUUGUAAAUUACAAGUUCUCCACGCACGAUAUCGUCUGCCUAGUAAUCUCUUCGGUGAUCGGUGUGUGGUACUUGCUCAAGAAGCAUUGGAUCGCUAACAACUUGUUCGGAUUGGCCUUUGCCAUCAACGGCGUUGAGAUGCUGCACUUGAACAACUUUGUUACCGGAGUAAUCUUACUGAGCGGCUUGUUCUUCUACGACAUUUUCUGGGUGUUCGGCACCAACGUAAUGGUCACCGUAGCCAAGAGCUUUGAGGCACCUAUCAAGCUAGUGUUCCCCCAGGACUUGAUCGAGAACGGGUUGCACGCCUCCAACUUCGCCAUGCUGGGACUUGGCGACAUUGUCAUUCCGGGCAUAUUCAUUGCCCUGCUGCUCCGCUUCGACGACAGCAAGAAGCGAAAAACUCGCAUCUAUUUCUACUCUACGCUGAUCGCCUACUUCCUGGGUCUUUUGGCCACAAUCUUUGUGAUGCACGUAUUUAAGCACGCACAGCCUGCUCUGCUUUACCUGGUACCAGCCUGCAUGGGCACGCCGCUUCUAGUGGCUCUCAUCCGCGGCGAACUGAAGAUUCUUUUUGCUUAUGAAGAUCAUCCUGAGGAAAAGCCAGAAAAGAAGGAGAAGAAGGAAAAGGAAGAGGGCACCAGCUCGUCCAGCAGCAAAAAGAAGGAGUCAAAGAAGGGCAAGUAAGGCCAGGAGGACCGUCCUCAAACAACAUCUCCAUUCGUUCCAUCGUAAACUGUCUUCUGCAGCUAGCCAAGCUUCCUCUUUGUUAUCGCUUCACUCUCUCCACACUCCGUAACUUAUACGGUACACUGCUACAAAAGACGAUUCACUUAUUGCGUUAGUUACGUUCCUUGGCCUGGCACAACAACCUUAUUUAGUUUGAUUAGGUUAUAAUUGUAGAUAAUUAUUUGUCAGAUUUUUUAACGGAAUCAAAUUUAAAUGUAGAAUUCUAUUAAUUUAUGUGGCUCUCCAUAAUAAGAGGCAUAUAUUUAAGAAGAAAAAGUUUAAAUGCUAAAAUAUUUUCCAAUUUUUGUACGGCACUGAGCCCCUAAUAAAUCCAUUGAAAGAUCUCCGAUUUAAUAGGGAACCACUGAAGAUUGACUACGAAUACUGCAUUGCAUUUCAAAAAACUAAUGCAAUAAUAAUGUAAACAGUUCAAAUACGAAUAAAUUAUAAUUUUCGUAACACCAA